UCUAGGUUCCGUGGUGCGUCAUCUACAACAUUCUGGUGCAUGAUGUGUGUGUCGUGGCUGCUGAUGUCCAACCUGGCCGACCGGGUGCUCCUCAGUGCUGGGGUGGGCGUGUCCCUGUACGCGCUCAGGGUGGAGGUGAGGAAGGAGAGAGACCCGCAGUACAGGGCAGCCUGCGACUUCAGCGACAGGUUCAGCUGCUCCAAAGCUCUCUGUUCGCAGUACGGCAAAGGAUUCGGAAUAGUAAGUUUACUGGUGGGCAAAGAUCACUUCCUGAAUCAACGGAACUGCACUCUCGGAAUCCUGUUCUACGUGUCACAGAUUGUCUUAGCGUUCCUGCCCAACCAAGUGCUGUGGUCGUAUGUUCUGUACUACACCUCGGUGGUCGCGGGGCUCGGUUGUGUGUACCUCGCCUUCAUCCUCUUCUUUGUACUGCGUGAUAUCUGCAUCGUCUGUAUUGCCACAUACGUUAUCAACGCUGCGCUCAUAUACCUCAACUACCAUCUGUACCUCGGCAAACACCUAUCGCAGUGAGUGUCACGUGUUGGGGCGUCCAGACGUACACGUGCUGCAUAUUGUCAGUGUCCACGAACCAAUUGUUUGUUACAAUGUAAAUAUCGUCAGACGUCAGGAACAGUGUCGGACAUGCACGGACCACUUGUUGAAGAGUUUAUAUAGUCAGUCGUCAGGAAGUGUCCGCGGUACAAGGACCACGUGUUACACUGUGAUCAGAAGUUUGGAACUGCUGGACCUGCUCCAAUCACUUGUUGCUGUUUAUUGCCAGGAUUCCGGCACUGUGUGAUGUAUACCCGGCUACGCGAAUUCGCUACGACUAUCGCUUGUCAGUGUAUGGGACUUAUGUCAAUGCACUGAUAUCGAGGCCCUGAAACUGCCUACAUGGACCAAUUGCAAUUGUUCUAACAGAUAAUAUCACGACUCUGUAAAUCAACAGUAAGGGAGGGCUCAGGCUUUGCACAUGGGGAAAUGUAUGUCCCUGCGUGGAGUUCAGCGCUAUAUAAGUGGCCAGUUAUUAUUAUUGUUAACUUCAGUGGGGAGAGAAAAGGCAGACAAUAAAGACCAGCUUUUUACAAUG